AUGGUCUGUGCAAGGCUUGCAGUCUUUUCGUGCUGCGCUGUGCUGGGCCAGUUGAUCCCGGAAGCAGAUGUGACGACAAAUGAUUCAGAGUUUGAACCCUCGCCUGCACCUGAAGGAGCUUGCGACGGUGGUGUUCUUCAACUUUCUGCACGUCGCUACGAAAAGCGUCUCACAUUUAUCAGGGACUGUUUGCUCGUGGGCGUUCCGGGCACAGUAAUUGCUGCUCCUCUGGUUUUCCUCGAGAGUGGAUGGCUGGAUGGCACGCUGGUAUUUGACCAUGGUGACUAUGCAUGGAAUGAUCCGUGCAUCACGGCAGGGGCAACGCUCAAUAUUUCGGGCGAGGUGGUCUUUCGGAAUUGCCGUUCAGGAACGCAUGGUGGUGCGAUCCACAUCCUGAAUGGGCACGGAGUGCAGGGUCACGGGCAAGUUACACAACACGAAGGCCGGCUCCAUUUCGAGAACUGCAGCGCCGAGUUCGGCGGAGGCGCCAUAGCAGCUGUGGAGGUGGAGUUACAGGGGCAGGAAGUAAACUUUUCAAAUUGCAGAUCGUCGAUUGGCCGAGGUGGAGCAAUCAAGGCUCAGCUAGUGCGUGUCACGGCUCAAAAGGUGACCUUCCAGCGCUGUGAGGCCCGAUCGGGUGCGGCAAUCUGGUCUGAUGCUGGCUUGUGGUUACAGGGUUUGUCCACGCUCUUCGAGAAGUGCGACUGUUCGGACCAAAGAGGAUACACUGCUGUGGUGAGAGCUGGAUUCCGAGGGGUUGCGCUGCUGAUGAACACGCAGAUAUCGACGUCAUCGUGUUUUUUUGCGAUCGAUGCGCUUGGAGCUGCCUCUGUGUACAUUCAACGGUGCUUUUUUGAAUGGUUGAGAGCCGGAGCUAUCCUUGCAGACUUCGCCAUGGAUGUUAGCAUUCAGCAUGCAGGCUCCCAGCACACAGCGAUGUUCCUGAAAGCACACGCUGUGCAAACAGUGCGGCUUCAGGUCGUGAAGGUGUUUUGCACCCCGCCUACUGGAACUCGAUGCAUCGACCUAGAGUUCUGGACUGACAGGUCCGAGAUCCACUUUGACGACGUUCAGCUCUACCACAGAAUCGCGACCAACUUGGGCGGGGAUUCCAUGCGUGUGCACUAUCCGGUAAGUGCCGUUAUUCGGCAGCCAGCAUCGGCCAAUCUGAUGAACUUGACCUGCUCCCCUGGCUCCUAUCCUCAAUUCAGUCUCAAAGAACAGGACCAGUGGGAAGUGAAGACGGUGCCAAAGCUAAAGACACGCAUGGACUGCUCAACACUUGUCCCUGGUGGCUGCUGCAUGCUUGUGGGCGGUCCUGGACACGUCCUGAACAACUCGGAGCACCAGAGGUUCAGGGCAUGCAGCACUGACUGGCCGUGUCUUUGCCUGGAUGUUUUCUGCAACUCCUGUACCGUUCGAAGCCACAUGAGAGAAUUUCGUGCUACCUGCGCCCCCUGUGAAUAUGGAACUAUGUCGCCAGUCUUUGUCCAUAUGCCGUUGGAGUUCAACCAGAUUGCCUGGGGUGCAAGAACUUACGAACAAUGGGCCUUCCAUUCCUGCAACGACUGCACUCUUCUUGGACAGUCUGUCGACGCCACGAUUUCGUGUGGGUGGGGCAAAAUGCAGGUACCUCGCGGUGUCAUGAUUACUUUGCACCCUUUGUCAGUUCAUGACGGUCGAACAGCGAUGGUUGCCUGGCGUUGUCCAAACCCGUCCGCUUGUCCUGGUCGUGAGCACGUUCUCGCAAUGACGGACGGGCUUGAGAAACAGUGCGCUCCGGGGUAUGCCGAAUAUCAUGGCUGUGCGAAGUGUGAUCACGGCUACGGUAAGAAGGUCAAUGACCCCUUUGUUUGUCAAGAGUGCCCGCCCAUUGAAUUUCAGUGGCUGCUGCUGGUCCUGAAGCAUCUCGGGCUUUUCGCCGUCGGAAUGAUAUCUGCUCAAAAACCUCGACGGCGCACGAGCGUGAUCUUCAAGAUCAUGGUUUCCUUUGGAACGGCCAGCAACUGCGUCAUCCAAGCAAUUUCGAGUCUUGAAGAGUACCACGUGGCGAAGGAAUCCGUGCGCCGUUUCGUCGGCCUGGCGGAGGCUAUGACGUCGACGACAAGUCUGUACAAUCUGCAUAGCUACGAGUGUCUUUUCCGGACGCGGUACUUCGACUCUUUGCAUUGGGCCAUCAUCGGAGUGUCCCCGCCGCUCUUGUUGCUGUUGUCCUGCUGGAUCUCGACUUCUGUUGCAAGUUGCUGUGGCUUUCCCCAUCGAGAAGCUGUCAUGAUACAAGCCACCCUCGUGCUCGGCAAUAGCUACAUGGCCAAUGUUUGUGCCAACUUCAUGAAGCCACUCUCCUGUUUCCAGAUGGUUCGCGGCCUCGAUGGCUACAAGGCGCCGCAAUUCUGCUCUUUCAACAUCGAUGAGCUCUGCCGAAGCCUGUCUUCGCAAGCGAUGGCUGGAAUUUGCGCCUCUGUUUGCAUCCUGAUCGUGCCCCUGUAUUGGCUGGAAAUGAUUCGGCGAUCGCACAACUGGCAGCCUCAGUCGCGAAGACAUAUCAUGGGUUUCCUGGUAUCGGGCUAUAGGCCUGCAGUAGAGUGGUGGGAGGUGGUUCCUUUGCUUCGCAAGGUAUUGCUGCUGCAAGUGAGGGUCUUCUUCCCCCCAAGCUAUGCUGGCUCGACCUAUCUCACCCUCACGCUGGGCGUCCUUUUCAGCAGCCUGGUGCUGCAUGUCGCUGUAUGGCCAUACGAGGACAGCUACUUGAAUCGCAUUGAGGGCAGCGCUCUGGCGGCCAGUGUCAUCGCGCUGAUGCUAGCCAGCUUGGCGGUGGCCCUCGAGUGGUUCAAGCACGAAGAUGUAACGAUGCGAUAUUUGAUGGCUUUGUGCAUCGUGCUGGUUUUCAGCACGGUGGUCCUGGUCGUGCUACUGAUAAGGUCUCUUCUUGAGCAGGUGCAAAACAGAAUACGUCGGAGGGAUAUAUCUGUGGAGAUGCAAAGCUGCGCUUCCACGACAUGA